AUUCCUCCCCUCUCUUCGCCCUCACCGCCGGCCGCCGCCCUCACCAACCGCCCGAUCGCCAUGGCGCUGCGCCGAGCCGCCUCGCUCCUCCUCAGGUCCCGCCUGCGAGGCCCCGUCCCGACCCCCGCGCGCAAAACCCUAAACCCCCUUCCCGCGCCGCCACGCCGCCACUUCUCGCCGCGACCGCCGCCUCCCGUCCCCGCCUCCUCCGCAGCCGCCGCCGCCGUCGCGGAGGCCGCUGAGGAGGCGUUCGAGACGGCGAGGACCACGAAAGACAUGCUCGCUGCCUUCUCGCGCCUCGAGGCCACCGUGCCCGCUAACGACAAGCGCCUCGCCCUCGCCUGCCUCAAGCUCGGCCAGCACCUCGAGGCAUCGGGCUCCGCCGACCCGUCCCGGGUCCUCUCCCUCGCGCUCCGAUGCCUGGGAAUCCUCGAGGCGAACCCCAACGCCUCGACCUCCGUCUCCGCCUCCGACGCCGUCUCGCUCGCCAUGGCACUCCACCUCGCCGGCUCCGCCUCCUUCGAACUCUCCCGCUUCCACGACGCGCUCUCCUUCCUCGCCCGCUCGCUACGCCUCCUCACACCGCUCAUCCCCGAUAGAAGCGUCGCAUUUGGGGUUGGGGAAGAACCGGAAGGGUUCGACGUGAGGCCCGUGGCGCACGCGGUGCGUCUUCAGCUAGCUAACGUGAAGACGGCGCUGGGGAGGCGGGAGGAGGCGCUCGCCGACAUGCGCGCCUGCCUCGACCUCAAGGAGUCCAUCCUGCCGCCGGGCAGCAGGGAGCUGGGAGCAGCGUACCGAGACCUCGCGGAGGCGUACGCCACCCUGCUCGACUUCAAGCAGGCUCUGCCGUUGUGCCAGAAGGCGUUGGAGCUGCAUGAAUCGACGCUCGGCAAGAACUCUAUGGAGGUUGCACAGGACAGGCGUCUGCUUGGGGUAAUAUACACUGGGCUGGAGCAGCAUGAGCAGGCGCUUGAGCAGAAUGAGAUUUCGCAGAAGGUGAUGAAGAGCUGGGGUGCAGCUGGCCCUGAGCUCCUGCACGCCGAGAUUGAUGCGGCAAACAUCAAAAUUGCAUUGGGAAAGUUUGAUGAGGCUAUCAGUGUGUUGAAGAACGUCGCUAAGCAGGUGGAGAAGGACAGUGAGAUGCGAGCUCUAGUGUUCAUAUCAAUGGCGAAGGCCCUUGCUAAUCAGGAGAAGGCUGGGGAUACAAAGAGGUGCUUGGAGAUUGCUUGUGACAUACUGGAGAAGAAGGAAUUGACCACACCUGACAAGGUGGCAGAGGCGUAUAUAGAGGUAUCCUCACUGUAUGAGAUGGUGAACGAGUUUGACAAGGCGAUAUCUUUGCUGAAGAGGAGCCUGGCGAUGCUUGAGAGGAUCCCUCAGGCACAGCACUUGGAGGGCAAUGUAGCAGCAAGGAUUGGGUGGCUGUUGCUCUUGACUGGCAAGGUCUCGGAAGCUAUCCCAUAUUUGGAGGAUGCAGUGGAGAGGAUGAAGGACAGUUUUGGUCCAAAGCAUUAUGGAGUAGGGUAUGUGUAUAACAACUUGGGUGCUGCGUACAUGGAGAUGGACCGACCGCAGUCUGCUGCACAGAUGUUUGCACUCGCCAAAGAAGUCAUGGAUGUUUCCUUAGGGCCUCAUCAUUCAGAUACCAUUGAGGCCUGCCAGAGCCUUGCUAACUCAUACAAUGCUAUGGGAAGUUAUGCCCUGGCUAUGGAGUUCCAAAAGAGAGUGGUUGAUUCAUGGCGAAGCCAUGGCCCUGAUGCUAGGGAUGAGCUCAAGGAAGCUAUUCGACUGUACAACCAGAUUAAGACAAAGGCCCUCACAUCCCUAUCACCCGGAGGUCCAGCAAAUGCAUUGCCCGAGCCUCAGGAACAGGAAACAGAUUCUGAUUCCGCCAAAGCUGUGCAACAGUAACCUCUAAGUUCAGUCUUGAGGCAAUAUAUUUUCUAUUAUUAUAACAUAUUGGUGUCCAGUUCGUGGUAGAAUUAAUCUUUCCUGAAUAUGUAGCUAUUUCCAUUAAGAGAAGUUCCGUACCAUCUAGAAGACUUGACAGUCUUAUCUAAAGUGAUCAAAUGUGCCUUUUUCCACUUCAUAAAGAAUAGGUACUUGAUGCAAUGCAAAUAUUGGUUGAAGAAUUUGAGUUUCUUGUUAGUUGUUACAUGUAGUAGUACAAAUAUUUGUAUUCCAGAAAUCAAUGUUUGGUGAACUGCCAGUUCCCUGCAGCAAGGAAGACCCCUGAUCAGUCAAGCUAUGAUGUAUUUAUGACAGAAAUUUCCACACAGUCUGCCAUUCAAGAAGUUUUUUGGUGGGACUUUUAGGUCUGAUGUUUAGAUAAAUAUAGGUGUAAAUUCAAAAUGUUUAUCUUUCUGUCAUUCCGGUUUUAUGUUUUUCUUUGUCCUUUAAGAAAAAUUAAUGUUUCAACUUCUAUGGUAAGACUUAACGCUGCCCUUUCAUAGUUUCAUCAUUAGAUGAUUUACUUUUCUGUUAUGUACUUUGCUGUCCUAUUCUCUUUCUUACACAUACCUGUGAGAUCUGAAAGUUGAAAUUAUGGUAAUCAUUUUCUUAUCUAGCCGGUGAGCCCUCAUUAUAAUCGUGUGACCAUUCUGUGUCCCACGUGUCUGCAACUUUAAGGCAAUUUUCAGCCAAAUGAACUGGCCGUGCAUUUUUUUUUCAUGGACUCGUGCAGGCUGGAAGACUUUCAUGUUUCUGUGAUGAAUGUUCUAGUACAAAAAUGCACAUCUUGAGUUGAACCAUGAAACAUUUCAAAACCGUCCUUUAUAACCAUAUAUCUUGGAUAAUGCUAAACAGUUGAACAGAUGAUGGAAGACACGAUGCCCCAAGGUAUCACAUUCCUCAGCAAAGAAUAUUGAGCAAACUAAAAGCCCUAUACACUACAUUGAGCUGCUAUCACCAUCAUCCCCAUGGAAGUGAGUAUUCCUCUGCAAAAUGUUGUGAAUCUGCAGGUGAACCUCCCCACCAGCCAUUUCGCCCAUGGAGAAGGACCUCCUCAAGGGAAUAACAUCUCUGUCCCGCCUCUCCAUUGACAAGACGCCAUAGCCGUGCUGGCUUGCUGCUGCUGUGCCCGCGUGGGUUCUUCAUCUUCCUCAGUGGUGGGGGUGACCUGGAUGGCCACCUCGUCGAGCCGCGGGAGCUGAUCCAGUGGCGGAAGCAGGCAGUGGCCGGUGAUGGCUGCUCUGCAGAGCGGGCAGUUGGCGUUGCCCUGGAGCCAAGUGUCAAUGCAGUCGACGUGGAAGACGUGGAGGCAGGCAGGCAGCAUCCUGACCCUCUCCUCGUCCUCAAAUUCACCGAGACACACCGCGCACUCGCUCAUGGGGGCAGAAUCAGCGGCGGCGGCGGCGGCGGCGGCGGCGGCAUUCUUGAUGGCCUUCCUGUACCUGAAGGCCGGCAAUGCCUGGAUGACGGCUUCCUCGAGCCCGCGCGCCUCUGUGGGUGGUGCGCCGGAGACUGGGAGGCCGCUGGUGCCAGAGGUGGCAGGCUGGCGCUGUCUGCGGCGGGCAAUGUGGCCGGCGGCGUCGGAGGGGGAGCUGCGGUGCCACUUGAGGCAGCACCGGAUGAUGAAGACGUAGUAGGCGAGGAGGAGCACGGAGGCGGUGAGGAUGCCGAGCACGGUGAGCACGAGGAUGGGGAAGCUGGUGAUGGAUCGCGCGUGGUGGGCCGAGGUGGAAGAGGAAAAGGAGUAGGAGGGUGGCAAUGGGGGCGGCGGUGGUGGUGGGAAAAGCAUCGCUGGAAUCUGCGGCAUCGGGAAGAUGGUGCUGCCCCGGCCUGCAUCCAUGGAUUCGACGAUGAGGCUGCAGAAUCGGCGGCAACAAGCGGUGGGUGGAUUCUACAACCUGCAGUCCUGCAGGCUAGAGGUGAGCAAGAAGGGAAUUACAGGGGCUGUUGACGGUGAUGCAUAUGUAGUGUGUGGCUCGGAAGGUAGGAGGGAAGAAUGGAUGGUGAGGUUGGAAAAACGCGGUGAUUGAGGUAUGGAAGAGAGGAGACGAAAGGCAUGAAUUGAAGCAGAUGGAGAAACGCCUAGUGCGUGCAGUACUCGGUCUAGAAGGAGGUGAGGCGAGCAACAGUGCAAAAAGGUGUCUUUGAAAAAAAAAAGAAGGAAAAGCAGUGCAAAAAGUUAGCGAUCAAAGAAAGGUGAGGGGGCCCUGUGAAGCUUUGAUGUGGGUGUGCAGCGGCGCGGGAUGGAGAGCGGAAGAGGAAGGAAGGAGACGGUGGAGCGGGAGUAGAGGAGAGACAGGGACACUCUGUGUGCUGACGAAGCUGAUGCGGUCGAGCGAGUGAGACAAGACGACGACGCGGCGCUGGAGCAUUUUUCUUCUCCGUCGAUCGUACGUGCGACGGCGGUGUUCCCGGCGAGACUUUCGCCCCCGUCGCAGGUCAGGGCUCACACGCCAACCCUCCUGCGGCUUCACAGCUGCUGCUGUUGCUUAAGGCGUUGCGUUGGAUGGUUCCGUUUGUUUCUUCUCUGCUACUUGUAAACGUGGAGCCUGGAGGGAGCGGCGGGG